AUACUAGCCGGAGGGAAGAUGCCAGAAGAACGGCGGAAAAGUGUGCCAGUCCCCAUUUUUAAGAACAAAGGCGAUGUCCAGAGCUGCGGAAACUAUAAGGGGAAUAACAUUGAGUUAUCGGAAACAGAAGUGGCGGCCAGACUCAGGACAGAAGUACAGCACGAGCGAGACAGCGACGACAACAUGCCCGUGGACGUGGAGCAGUGGAGCGGCCCUCUGGAGCUCCACGAAGUGGAGGACAAGCCCGCCGGGCCCCUGAGCGUCAAGUACGGCUCGGUGGAGAUCGACGAGCUGGGCAAAGUUCUGACGCCAACGCAGGUCCAGAAGCGGCCCACGUGCAUCGAGUGGGAGAGAUGUGACCCCAACAAACUUUACACUUUGGCCCUGACGGACCCUGACGCCCCCAGCAGGGGAGACCCCAAAUUCAGGGAGUGGCAUCACUUCCUGGUGGUCAACAUGAAAGGAAACGACGUGUCUUCCGGCACCGUCUUGUCCGACUACGUGGGCUCCGGACCUCCUCAAGGAACGGGUCUCCACCGUUACGUGUGGCUGGUGUACGGCCAGACGGGGGCGCUGGCGUGCGGCGAGCCCGUCCUGGGCGCCCGCUCGGGCGACGGCCGAGCCAACUUCAGCGUGCGCGCCUUCCGCCGCAAGUACGGGCUGGACGCGCCCGUGGCCGCCACCUGCUACCAGGCGCAGUGGGACGACUACGUGCCCAAACUUUACCGCCAGCUGGCCGGAAAGUAGCCAAAGCCCAAUUGGCCGUUUCCACCGGACAAUUUGCUACAAAGUCAAGACGCGUUCGCUUCCGAUUUGACAAAAGCGGGCUUGGGCUGAGACCCCCGACGAAAAGUUGGUGACAAAUCACCAUUUGGAAAAUAUGGUUUUUGGUUUGGUUUGGUUUUUUUUUUUUCCUCAAUUGCAAUGCAAACAUUUUCACAAAUGAUGGAAGUGUUUCGAAAAAAAAAAAAAAAAAAAUCCUGUGACGUCAAUGCAAACGUGGGAUGGAGCUGACAAAUUCAUACGUUAAGUUGCUAACUAAAAAGAAUUCAUAUGAAGACAAAUAAAGUGAAAAAAGUUCAAAUCA